AGAGCGUCGGCCGCGCGUAGAGUCAGCACGCAGAACUAGGCGGAGGUGAUUGUCUGAACGGAAGUGGUGUGUCCGGGAUAUACAAACAUGGCGGACGGAGAAGUGACUUUGGUUAUCCGCAGCCCCAGCCUGAAGCAGGAGGAGAGGGAGGUGAAGGCGCUCCGCGGCUAUACGGUGCUGGAGCUGAAGAGCCAGCUGAGGCGGGAGCUGCCCGGGCAUCCGAUGGAACAAGACCAGAGACUGAUCUACUCAGGAAAACUGCUCCCCGACCAUCUGAAACUCAACGAGGUCCUUUCCAAGGAGAACAGACACGUGUUGCACCUUGUAUUCUCUAUGAGGAGCUCUCUGCCCAGCCAGGCUGCAGAAUGCAAGCCACAGCCAAGUACCACAACACAGCCUGCCGAUCCUCAGACAGAUGGCAUUAGACAGCGCAAUUUAUCACCAAAUCUUCCAUCAGCACACGCAAACACACCCAGCCCUCCAGCAGUGAAUCAAGCCUUCUCCACUUACUCUAUGUACAGCCCUCAGCAGAUUCUGUGGUUGCAACAGAUGUACGCCAGGCAGUACUACAUGCAAUACUAUGCUGCAGCUGCUGCCACCACCGCUCCCUCUCAGCGACGACAAGAACUUCCAGUUGUGCCACCUGCUGCUCCAGACCCGCUUCCCCAUGCCUUUCCUGCCGCCAACCAGGCUCCCAUCCCUGAAGUUCAAGCCCCUGUAAAUCCCGUAGCCAAUCAGAAUUUGCGUAUGAAUGCACAAGGAGGACUGGUGGAAGAAGAAGAUGAGGUGAACAGAGACUGGUUGGACUGGGUGUACACUGCCGCUCGCUUUUCCAUCUUCCUCAGCAUACUGUAUUUCUACUCCAGCCUGAGCCGUUUCAUGAUGGUCCUUGGUGCCAUGAUCCUGAUGUAUCUGCACACCGCUGGAUGGUUUCCAUUUAGGCAAAGGCACCCUCAAGAUGCUGCACCUGCCCAGCCUCAGGUUGCUGGAAAUCAGCAAGAUCAAAACAACAACUUACAGGAACAGGAAAAUGGUCAAGCUGGGGAAGAAGCACUGAAUGAGGCUGCAGCCGCCACUCUUGAGGCCCACUCAUUCGUGUCCACAGCCUGGCUCUUCUUCAAAACAUUCUUUGCCUCUUUGAUUCCUGAGGGCCCUCCAGCAAUGGUUCAAUGAAGACGGUUCAUGAAGGACAUUUUGGAUACAGUUAACGGACUUGCAGCUGCAUGCUAUUGGUCUUCCAUCCCUAACAUGGCCGCAAGAACAGGCCCAGUUCAAAGAACUGACGCUCUGUAGUUUUCUAGGAAGACUUUUUUUGUUGAGACAAGUCUCCUUCAGAAAGAA